GGGCAAAAUCUCUUCUCUUAUCAACAAAACAAUCUCAAUUAAAUAAAAAAAGAUAAAAUCUCAAACUUUCUUCUAAAAUCCGUUUUCUAUUUUUCUUCUCUUCCCGGUGACGCCAUGAACGCCGCCGUGUUUAGUGCUUCUGCUUUAUCUCUUCCUAUCUCCUUCUCUAAAACAAGAUCAUCUUAUCUCUCCAGAAAGAAGGGAGUGAAAGGAGAAUUCAGGGUUUUUGCUGUGUUUGGUGAUGAGAGUGGUUUAGUUGAGAAGAAGAGUCAAUGGAGACCUUUGUUUGAUGUGGAGGAUCCUAGAUCAAAAGCUCCUCCUUAUAAAGGAAAGUUUUUAGAUGUUAAUCAAGCUAUUGAAGUUGCUAGAUUUGAUAUUCAAUACUUGGAUUGGCGUGCUCGUCAAGAUCUUCUUACAAUCAUGAUUCUUCAUGACAAGGUUGUUGAUGUACUUAAUCCUCUAGCUCGCGAGUACAAGUCGAUCGGUACUGUGAAGAAAGAACUAGCUGGAUUGCAGGAAGAAUUAUCGAAAGCACACCAACAGGUUCAUAUAUCUGAAGCACGGGUUUCAACUGCUUUAGACAAGUUAGCUCACAUGGAAGAAUUGGUUAAUGAUAGGUUGUUACCGGGCAGAGUUGUAACGGAAUUAGAUAAACCCUCUUCUUCAGCCACUGCUUCUGCUGUCGACUUAGAUAGGGAAAAGACAAACACAGGUGCGAAAAGCUUGAAUGUUUCUGGUCCGGUUCCGCCUUAUAGUCCACAUUUGAAGAAUUUUUGGUAUCCUGUUGCUUUCACUGCAGAUCUCAAGCAUGACACGAUGGUACCAAUUGAAUGCUUUGAACAACCAUGGGUUAUCUUUAGGGGUGAAGACGGGAAACCCGGAUGUGUACGGAAUACGUGUGCGCAUAGAGCGUGUCCUCUUGACCUUGGCACCGUGAACGAGGGACGUAUUCAAUGUCCUUACCACGGAUGGGAAUACUCAACCGAUGGAGAAUGUAAGAAGAUGCCGUCUACAAAGCUACUGAAGGUGAAGAUCAAAUCGUUACCUUGUCUUGAACAAGAAGGUAUGAUCUGGAUCUGGCCUGGCGAUGAGCCACCUGCACCUACACUGCCAUGUUUACAGCCUCCAUCAGGGUUUUUAAUCCAUGCCGAGCUUGUAAUGGAUCUCCCGGUGGAACACGGUUUACUUCUAGAUAAUCUCUUGGAUCUUGCUCAUGCCCCAUUCACUCAUACAUCCACUUUCGCAAAAGGCUGGAGUGUCCCAAGUUUGGUGAAGUUUUUAACGCCUUCCUCGGGUCUCCAAGGAUACUGGGAUCCGUAUCCAAUCGAUAUGGAAUUUAAACCUCCUUGUAUUGUUUUAUCGACAAUCGGGAUCUCCAAACCCGGGAAACUAGAAGGAAAAAGCACAAAGCAGUGUGCAACACAUCUUCAUCAACUCCAUGUCUGUUUACCUUCUUCCAAAAACAAGACAAGACUUCUUUACCGAAUGUCACUAGACUUCGCUCCUAUAUUAAAGAAUCUUCCAUUCAUGGAACAUCUCUGGAGACAUUUCGCUGAACAGGUCUUAAACGAAGAUUUGCGACUAGUUCUAGGACAGCAAGAACGGAUGUUGAAUGGUGCAAACAUAUGGAACUUACCAGUUGCUUAUGACAAGCUCGGAGUCCGCGACGUGGAAGUUUUUGCAGCUCCUUAUUCACCAGCAACCUCAGAAAAGUGUAGGUUAUUAUCUGGUUCAUUCUCACCGCAGAAGAGCUUUGCCGAGUAACAAUCUGGAGUUUGUGGAUUCAUCUAGAAAACGAUGAAACAAAGAACUUUUGCGUAGAUAAAAGACAACAUCCACUGUAAAUCAAAAGGAGAUAUAUUGUUAUUCAUUUUUCCCUGUGUACAGUUCACUCUCUAUGAGAGAAAUUGAAUAUCAGUUUUCCCCACUAAACUAAUGUCUUCUAAGAACCAAUCAUUUGAUUGGUUUCUUCUGCAAAUAAAGCUAAAAUUUCCUU